CUAAAAAAAAAAAAGUUUGAAAACUAAUUUAAAGCAAAAGACAGUGACACUGACUACAUACACACAAACAUGCAUAAUACGCACACAGAACAUAAUGUACCACAUGUAACACAUGCCUUGGUGCGCAUGGACAUUCAUGACACGCAUGCAAUCCGGUCGUAUGAUGGCGCUCUUGCUGCUUUUUUUUUUUUUCUACCCCCCCCCCUGCCACUCCAAUGGCUCAACGCACGCAGGUACCGUCUGGCUAUUUAACCACGGGGUUGGUGGAUUCAUUCCGCUCUGAAACUGGCUACUGAACACAUGAAAGCUCCAGUAAUGCGAUGCCAAAGCAGCUUGUUAAACUCCAGAAGAGCGCUGUCUGAUCUGACGGAACUUCUUCAAUUCAUCGCCUCAUCAUUUUUACUUUGCACUUGAUGAUAACAUCCCAGGCGUGUCUUUUCCUUCUAUUUCACAUCCUUUACAUCCAAAGUUUAUUUUUUAUUUUUUUUGUAUUUUCUUUAAAAAAAGAAAAGAAAAGAAAAAGUGGAAAUGAAUAACACCGGAUUCAACCAAACGGAGGGCGGACUGCUCAACAAAACAGAGGAGUUUUUCUGCUGCAACUUUUCAUCCGUGGUGACUGAUAAUGGCUCUGUGGCCACCGCUCCGGAUGAGAGAAGCCUCUUCAUCAUGAGAGUGGUCCAGAUAGCCGUCAUGUGCGUUUUAUCCCUCACGGUGGUGUUUGGCAUAUUUUUCUUGGGUUGCAACCUUCUCAUAAAGUCAGAGGGGAUGAUUAACUUUUUAGUAACGGACAGGAGACCGUCCAAAGAAACUGAAGCAGUUAUUGUUGGAGCCUACUGACUGCUGAGGACCUUUAUAUUAUGAUUUUUUGAAUCAGAUCUGGGGACAGAUGGGAGAUAAUGCGAUCGUCACCUUGCCAAACAAGCGCCCUGUUUUCAUUUUGGCAUUUAGAAACCUCAAAAGAAUUGUCACUUUUUUUCUGGAGGUAACUAAACCCUGCUGGUGACUUGAGGUUUCACCUGAUUUUUUUUUUGUGUGGCUUUUUAAUGCCAACUGAGACUCAUUUCAUCUCCAAGAGGUAGAGCGUUUUAAAGCCUCUUUGUUUAUAAAGUAUUCAGUCGAGCACUGUUGUAAUUGCAGUAGUUGGAGCACCGUUUGUCAAGCAGCAUCCUUUGUCAUAUAAGUGGCAAAGUCUUACGUAUAGUUGCUGCAUUAAAAAUACCCUCUCAUAUUGCUAAUGCGAUGGAGAAAUUAAUGUUUAACAUGUACUGUAUGUUGUAUGUGUUUUUGCAUACAAUAUGCAACAUAUUAAUGAGUGUACUUCUCUGGAUUUCCUGGUGAUAACUGUAUGACUGUCUGCGUGGGCGGUGGAGAGAGAGCCCAGCAUACCGUGUAUCUUGUUAAUUGGAAUAAAUUCAUUCUGUAAUUAAA